AUGUACCGCCGUUUAAUUAAAUUAUCUAUUAAAGCAUUACUCAAAAUUAAAAAUUUAAACGACAAUUAUGUGAUAAUGGGAGAUCUGAAUACACCACAUGUACAAUUAGGCUGCUCAAAGACAAAUAGAAAUGGACAUGUUCUGUACAAAUGGCUACAAGAUCAUUCAACACAGGUGAUCGGAUCAAAUGAAGCAACAUAUAUACAAGAAGGAUAUGUUGAGAAAUUAGACUGGGUACUGGCUGAUGUUGAACCUUCACUAUUAUACUCUCAUUUUCAAACACAUCCUCUACUAGGUACAAUAAAAUCAGGACAUAAGCCAAUCACCUACACCGUAGAUUGUUCUCCUGAUAGUCGACCAACAGAAUGUGCACGACAACAACACAUUUUCCCUCAGGCGAACUGGUCUCUGUAUUAUAUUGAAUUAAAUAAACUCUUGAGUCGACGAGAGCCAAAAGAGGUUAGGACAACAGAGAAUCUAAUUGAUUACAGUCACUUUAUCACAGACUGUAUCACAAAAGCGUGUCAAUUAUCUAUACCAGAGAAACAUCCGAAUAACGAAUUGAUUAAAAAAGAGUAUUAUAAACACAGAUUACUUGUUCAAAAUUCAUUAUCAAAUGAUAGACGAAAUCAUUUUAAACAGCUGCUGAACACACUAUCAACAACCAAAAUUAAAGGAAACAAGCUCUGGUCUUUAGUAAACAGAUUUCAAGGUAAACGAGCAAACAGAGAAUUGAAGUAUCAGUUUAAAUACAAAAAUACAACUACUACAUUUGAUAAAGAAAAAGUUGACAUGUUUAAAUCAUAUUUUGAAACUCUUUAUGAUAAACGACCCAACAAUCAUAUAGAACAAUUUGAUAUUGAAAGUGCUGUCAGAAAUGAAACAAAACGGCUUAGCGAAAUUGAAUCAUUCCCACACCCAGCAAUCACCAAUGAAGAAUUAAAAACAGCUAUAUCAAGAUUUGGGAAUACUGCUGUUGGACAUGAUGGGAUUCAUAAUAAAUGCUUGAAAAAGUUUACUAAGCUUUUACUACAGCACGUUGUAGCCCUCUUUAAUAGCAGUUUCAAACUCGGAUAUGUCCCAACUCAAUGGAAACUCGGCCAUAUCAUUUUAAUACAGAAACCUGAUAAAAAUCCAAAUGAUCCCGAAUCCUACAGACCUAUUAGUCUCCUCAGUUGUCUUGGUAAAUUAACGGAACGUAUUGUCAAACAAAGAUUAAGCGAUUUUGCCGAACAACAUAAAUUAUUACCUGAUUACCAAUCAGGAUUUAGGAAAAAUGACACAGCAUUGUGGAGUAGUGCAAAUACAAUAAAAAGUUUAGCCAUUAGGCUACAAGAAUCAGUUGAUCAAUUUGUACGCUGGUGUCAACUAUGGAACUUAGAAAUACAAGAAAACAAAACAAAACUGAUACAUUUCACAAAACAUCCAAGGAAAAAAUAUAAAACACGAUUAAUUGCCACCAUCAAUGGCCAGCAAAUAACUCACACAAAUGAAGUUAAAUACCUGGGGGUUACAUUUGAUCGUUGUCUUAAAUUUAGUAAACAUAUACAAGAGAUAAAGAGAAAAACGUCGACGCGACUCGGACUUAUACGAUAUCUAGCAAAAAAUGCAGGUGAAAAUUCAGAAAGAUCACUGCUACUGGUCUACAAGAGUUUGGUACACUCACUGUUAACAUAUGCUGCACCAAUCUUCAUCAAUACAGCUGAUUAUAAAUAUUGGAAUAAAAUACAAAUGAUUGAGAACAAAGGUUUAAGAUAUGUACCGAAAGUACCGAGACAAUUAGUAUUAGAUAGCUUGCCCAGGACAAUCACACGAUCGCCGGCGUCAAGAUUCGAACCGCGUAUCUUUGAAAUAAAUGUAACAUCAACGUAUGAUCAAAUAUUUCAAAGUAAAUAUGAUUUCAAUGCAAAAGUCCAUCGUGAUAAUCGCCAACAUUCGAAAUUUAUUGGUUUACCCCGUAUGAUUCAAUAG